AUUGUACUUUUACAAACCAUUUGGCUCUGUUGUAUCGCAGACGUGUUUAUUGAAAACAAAGAAUAAUGGAACAAUUCCUAGGAAAGAAAUAUAAACUGAAAACAUCUGAUAAUUUUGAAGAUUAUUUAAAAUACAUUGGAGUGGGCUUAUUAUCAAGGAAGUUAGUUACAUCCGUAUACCCAGUAUGUGUCUUGUCCAAAAAUGAAAAUGGAUCAUAUACCCUCACAAUGACUACACCGAUAAGGAAAGUUGCUACCACGUUUAAUUUAGAUGAAGAUUUUGACGAAGAUAGACCAGAUGGAGUUAAGGUAAAAUCCCGCGUCACUUUAGAAGGCAACAAACUAAUACAAACACAAGACGACAAUGGAAAACGAUCGAAACAUGUCAGAGAAUUCACUGAUACCAAAUUAACAGUAAUAACCACAGCAGAAGGCUGGGACGGCACGUGUAUAAGAGUCUACGAAGUACAAGAAUAGUCUAUUAUUAUUAGGUAUCUAAAACAACUUAAAUACGACUGUGAUCAUGGAUAGCAAAUCUAGAAUGAAGUUAUGAUUUCUUUUCAUUAAUCUUUAAAUUAACCUAGAUACAAAUCACUAUAUUUAAAAUUUAGCAAAAUCUUAGGACUUUCGUAUUCUUCGUUAUCGUCUUGAUUUCACUUAUAAUGUUUAUGCAAAAAUUUGGAUGGAUAUUUUAUCAAACAUCACUUAAUCACCUCAAAUCGGAGUAACGGAUCGGGAUGAAAUUUGCAAAGCGGCAGAUUAUAGUGCAUAUAGCCAGUACGCUAAUUUGUUCAAUAACGCAAACGAAGUCAGGAAGUUAAUAUUACCACAGAUAACAUAAUGUCUUGCAUAAAUAAAAAAGUACGUGAUUUUACCUUACUGUAUAUGUAUGCUAAAGGUUGCGUCAAUGGGAUCAAGUCGUCGAUAGUAAAAUAAAAUGGAAAA